AUGGGUCUAGCCAUGAUGACAUCAACUCCUGGAUACCUGCGAGCCGUUGCUUCACCAGGCCCAACACCUCUGCAUCACAAUGAUCCUGGUCAUCCUAAUACCAGCUCAUUUGUCCCUGAGCACUGGAUACCUGCGAGCACUAGUAGUGGAAGUCCCAACAUUGCAGCACCUGCCGCUACCAUCGCAAGCGUCGCUUUACCCAGCCCGAUAAGCACUCCAACAUGGGAUCCAACUUCUCCUCCACCAAUUCAACAAACUCCGACAGCAGACGUCAGACGUACUUCUACUGGCCAACCCAGACUGUGUAAUCAUUGCCGAAAAGGAAUCCCUCUCAAUGUAUCAGUGUAUACCUGCCUCAUCUGCAGCACCGCCCACAUUGCGACAAACUUUUGUGUUUGGUGUUUCACCUCCAACGUAGUCAACACUUCCCACAGCCACGACAAGUCUUACUACGCAACCGAAUCCGACCCCCGUGUACAACCGUCAGUCCAAGAUGCGACAACUCACAUGUGGACAAUCCGAAAGAAUGUAUCCGGGCGGCUUUGGUACACACAUAAUGCGACCGGACUCAAGACCCAUCUCAAACCUACGGCGGCAGCUCUAUCGGGAUUCUCAGGUCUGCCGCCUGGUUGGGACGAGCGCAGGACACCCGACGGACGAACGUUCUACUUCAACAAAAGACUGGGAACCAGCGCGUGGACCAAACCACCCAAUUCUCUACCUGAGGGUUGGAAAGAGUUGAGAACACCAGACGCGACACCAUUCUACGUCAAUGAGCAGCUAGGAUUGUCGACGUGGGACCGACCAGGACAACAGCCAAAGCAGGGCAAUAAAGUCGUGGUCAGAAGGAGACCUGCUCCCGGCCAGCCAAUCACUUCACAAAACGUCGGAGACAACAUCCUCUCUGCUACUAUCAACGCCGCCAGACUAACCGGCCAAGGUGUCGAGUCGGCCAGUAGACAGGUUGGGAAACUGGGCAAGAAGAAGAAUUGGAGGAAGCUUGGAAGGAUGCUUAACCAAGUGAAUGGUCUGACAGGUGAUAAUUCUGGAAGCGACAACGAAUACAACGAUUACAAUGACGAUAGUGGAUUCGGCUUUGGGGACGAUUCGGGUGGCUACCAAGACCAACAGCAAGGACAGUUCCAGCAGAGCUUCGAUCAGUCUUUCUCGGAGCAGUCGCAGCAGUCGUUCGACUUUGGCGAGAACCAACAACAGGCCAUGUUUCAACAGCCAGCGUACGAACAACAAGCGACCUUUGAGUUUUCGGUUCAAUCUGGGCCGACGAAUUAUGACCAGUCUAUAUUCGAUCAGCAGCUUGAGCCGUUUAGUGUUACAACAGAGGUUUCUUAUACUACUACCGAGCCUCAAUCCACGUUUGAGCAGAGCUACGAGCCACAGCAGGAUCAAUACUUCCAACAAACCUACGAACAGCAAUCCAGUUUCGAGACUCAACAAGAGACCACGUUUGAUACGAUGCCAAACCAGGAAUCUACUGUCAUGGAUCCCAGUCAACAGGCUCAACCGCUCGAAUCUAUGCCACCUACGCAGCAGACCGACUAUCCGCCGCCAUCGGUACCACAGGAGCCUUACGUACAGCCUAUGCAGCCUGCACCUCAACCAAUCUAUCAACCUGACCUGCAGCAGACAUACUCUACUCAACAAUACAUCUACGAUCCAACUCAAGUACCCCAAAUGACCCAGCAACAGGUAACAGUCUCUUACCAAGUACCCACCUACACACCCCAACCAGCGGAAUCGUUCAUCCUCCAAUCUCAAGCACAGCAACCAGUCUACCCAGUCUAUAUCCCAAACAACCAGCCCGAGAUCAUCACUAGUGAUGAUCACCUCGUCGAAGUCCCCGGCACUACCGACAGUACAACUCUCGUUCUGAACAGCGGAUACGGAGGUAACGACAUCCUCGCCGGGACGAGUCUGGCUGCAGAACAAAGUGCUGUAACAACUCUACCGCAGGAAGACGUCGUCAGUAUUACUGUACAGUCGCAGUCACCUGCAAUCGGGACUACUUACACUCCAGAGCCAGGAGUGGUUCAAGAGAGCAGUGCCGCUGGCAAAGCGGAAACAAUCGUGUCUGUUGAUGCUGUGGUGGCGGAGAAUGACUUUAAUACGGCUGAGAGAUGCAACCAGUUAAUCUGA